AUGAACUUAACAUGCCACGUACCGGAGCCCGCCCCGAGGAAGAGACGGGGUAAGUCGAGUCGGGUUACGGAACUGGAAAGGAAAAUUGAUGGUCUGGUCAACCUCUUUCAGACACGGCAGCAGUCCCGGGAAGCGCAAGGCCUGAACUCGACCACGACAACCCCGAGUAACGGGGACCACAACCCAAUGCCAUACACGGGGCUGACCAUACCUGGCCUCGAUCGAUCAUCAGCCACACAGGCCACUCCGAGCGGUGUGAGUCCAGACACUAACCAAAACCGCAACACGCCCCCAGGAGUGGGUGCAAGGCAGACCGAUAAGACCUUCUAUCUGGUCCCUGACUUCAGUCUCUCCGUCGAGAAGGCGGAGGAGUACCUGAACAUUUACCGAACGCGUAUGGUUCCCAACUUCCCCUUCGUACCCAUCCCUCCCAGCACAACGGCCGCCGAGCUUCAUGACAAGAAGCGAUUCCUCUUCUGGUGCAUCAUGCAAGCCGUCGUACCCCAGACUGCUGCCGUUCAAAAAGCUGUCGAUGACUGGGUCCGUCGACAUGCUGCCAUGCAUGUCAUUGUCCUAAAGGACAAUUCGAUCGAAUUACUGCAGGGCCUCGUGGUCUACGUCGCCUGGGGCGAGGUUCAUCAACUAGUGGGCACCAAUGCCAACUCACUACUCCAGAUGGCUAUUGGUCUGGUAAUGGACUUCACCAUACAAACACUCGGCGGGCCACUGGGCUGGAUGCCAAAAACCUUGCAGGCCGAUGCGUGGGUUCUUGUGGGCCGAGGAAAGCAGUCCGAACUGACAAAACACACCCUUGAAGAGCAAAGGGCAAUCCUGGGCGGCUAUUUCAUCGCGUCUAGGGAACUGAGGUUUGCUGCCAGUGUACCCGCGGCGAUGCGGAAAUACUCGCAAAUCCAGUUCACGCCACAUCUUGUGCGAUGCUCCAAGGCCAUCCGCGAGGCCUCGGAACUGCCGUCUGAUCAGCAACUACUCGCCCUCAUCCGCAUGCAAAAUGUUGGGGACCGCAUUCGUGCCGUGUUUCCAAGUCCGGACAGGGAAGAGGGGGAGCCACUUCCCAUCUUUCGGGAACACUUCAAUGUAGUUCUGUCGUCGAUUCGCAAGGAGAUCCUCGCCAUCGAGCUGGAAGAGCCCAUCGUCAACAAGGAACAACCGAGUCCCUUGGAGGCGGUGACCCCGACUGAGCCAUACAGCCGGACCGAAGCGCUCUGGCACUGCCUCCAAGCAAUCCAAACCUCUUCGGCGGCUUUGCUGGACCUAGAGGUCGAGGUGUUUGCCUAUCUUCCCUUCAACUUGAUUGCGGACGUGGCAUAUUCAAUGAUGGCAUCGCACCGUCUGUUGUUAGAGGACACGACAAACGACUGGGACGUGUCCAUGGCGCGUCAGAAGCUGGAUUUGCCGGAGAUCACGCGCCGCGUAGGAGACAAGUUCGAGGAGGCGGACAGAGUGGCCCUCGUCGUCGGCCAAAAGCGGCGUUUGUUCGAGGACAACAGCUCGAGGUGGUCCAACUACGCACACCGAGCCAGAUGGAUACGGCAGUGGUACCUGACCAAAGCUGUGCCGCCGCCGCAUGAGACGACGACGACGACGACGAACCAGGCACAGUUGGGUUCCGAAUCAACAGCAUUCUUGAACGAGGCCAACCUGUCAUGGUUGGGGGGCAUCUCGAUGGACCAGGGGUUUUGGGAGGCGAUGAUGCUGGACGGCCCUGGACAGAUACCGUUUGAUGCCUCCAUGGUUUUGCCGGACCAGUCCAUGUUACCGCCCAUGCCAUCCACGUCAUAG